CUCCUCUCUCUCUCUCUCUGUCUUUCCCUUUUCUUUCAGGGAGAGCUGAUAUCUCUGGCGGUUUGCCGCAUGGAAGUCGCCCAGGCAAGGCAGAAUAUCAUCUGUCUGAUCCGGUCUCCUUCUCUCUCCAGUUGCCGACCACUGCACGAGCAGACACAACAUCACACUCACAUUUCCCUCGGAUUCAACGGGAUAUAACGGCAUUCAUCCGCUGCACGACUGGCAGGAGAGUCUGAAUCUCGGCUUCAUUCCUGCAGUGGGGGGGGGGAAUAUUUCUUACUCAGAUGUAACAAAAAAACAACACCAAAAAAAGACGUACGGGAUCGUCAAGUGCGCAAAAGCCGCAGCUUGAAACAUUACGCACGUUUAAUUCUAUUCUAUCUCUGUCUACAUUUUCCAUAUUCUCAUCGUCCCCUGUACGGACGAACCGGGGACCGGAGGUGGGGGGGGGACUUCCACGGUAUGGAGUCCUGAUUUUACCAAGCGACCCACAGGGAGCGAUGAAACUGAGAAAAUCCGUCGCCGUGGUGGAAUAUUAAUAACCUACUCCUAACAAUAAUCCAGGGGAUGUUGCACCAGAGUUUGGGACUCUAGAGAGCAUUCCAACUUUUUUUGGUCUCCGUUUGUAGUCUCUUUCCCCCUCCUCAUCUCCGCCUGUGGGACUUCUAUUUUCGUGACUGAUUUGCAGUAGCCUACUCCACUUCUCUAUCAUGGACCGGUCGACGGCUUUGGAUAUAGAAGCGCUCAAGAUGACCCAGGAGCAGUAUAUCCUUGCAGCGCAGCCCAACCCACUCCACCAGAGGGGGGCGUCAGUUUGCGGUGCCCAGGUUUACCCAGCAGUGGGAAUCUACGGCUGGAGGAAGAGAUGCUUGUACUUCUUCAUCCUACUCCUCCUCGUCACCAUGAUCGUCAACCUGGCACUGACCAUCUGGAUACUCAAAGUCAUGAACUUCACUCCGGAUGGCAUGGGGAAUCUGCGGGUGACCAAAGAAGGUGUCAGAUUGGAGGGAGUGUCCGAAUUCCUAUUGCCUUUAUACGUCAAAGAGAUCGAGUCUCGUAGGGACAGUCCAUUGAUCCUCCAGUCCGACAGAAAUGUCACUGUCAAUGCUAGGAAUGAUCAGGGACAACUGACCGGUCAGCUAACCGUGGGUUCAGAAAUGGUAGAGGCCCAGUGUCAGAGGUUUGAGGUGAGGAGUACAGAUGGAGAGAGAGUUCUGUUCUCUGCAGAUGAAGAGGAGAUCAGCAUCGGCACCGAGAAACUUAGAGUCACAGGGAAUGAAGGCGUGGUGUUCAGCCAUUCCGUAGAGACAUCACAUGUACGGGCAGAACCCUUCCAGGACCUAAAGCUGGAGUCCCCGACUCGAACCCUGACCCUGGAGGCCCCCAGAGGGGUGGAGGUCAAUGCUGGAGUGGGAGACUUUACAGCAUCCUGUAGGAAAGACCUCCUGUUGCAGUCUUCAGAAGGAGAGAUCUUUCUAGACGCCAACACCAUCAGGCUGGGCAACAUUCCCCUCGGCAGUGCUGUGGACCCCCUGGAGGGGGCACCAGCCGGUACCACCUACACCAAACAGACUGUGUACGAGCUUUGUUCCUGCGCUAACGGCAAGCUCUACCUGUCCCCGGCUGAGAAAGGCUCUACCUGCCAAACCACCAGUAACUUUUGCCUCUGGAGCUGAAAGUGGGAGGUUGACAGACACCCGGGACAUAUGGACUAUUAGAGUUUGAAGCUAAAGCUAGCCAACAGACUGAAUCAACGUGGAUUAUGGCUUGGUGGGAAGCUAAUGCCAGCUAACAGACCGAAUCAAUAUGGAUUGUAGCAUGGUGAGAAGUUCAUGUCCGUUAACCAAUCGACUCAUAUGGAUUACAGCUCGGCAGGAAGCUAAUUCUUGCUAACAGACCAAUCGACGUGGACUGUGGCUUGGUGUGAAGCCAGCUAAAGGACUGACUCAACCUGGACUAGAGAUUGGUGAGAAGCUAUUGCCAGCUCAUUGACCAAAUAAUAUGGAUUGGUCAGUAGCUAAUGUUGGUCAGGAGGAUGGAUGACUUGGUGGGAAGGAAAAGCCAACAAGGUUAGCUGGAGGGUUUGAUGCUAUGACUGCUCAUGAACACGGAAGAACAGUCUCCCUCUGAGGCUCCCAUUGGCUGUCUUUGCCAUCGUUUAAUUGCUGCCAUGAUGGUUUCUGAAAGUCACAAGGAUUAUAUUUGGGGGUUUCCUGAGAACAACAAACUCUCUUACAAUAAAAAGUGAGUUGUGCGUUCACUGUAUGACCAAAACGUCCUGGAAAACACGCCCCCUUGCUUUUGUUAGGAUAAACAGAUAUGAUGAUGGACUGCAAACUCGCUGGCAGGGACACGGACAAGGACUCCGGGUUAACCUUUCAGUUGGCUAACAGACAUCAGUGUGGACCUUGGUUUAGCCCUGCGGGUAACUAACAAGUAAAUCAGACAAUGGUUUAGUCUAGUGGGAAGCUAAGGCUAGCUAACGGACCAAUCUAUACCAGAAAGGCCUUCCCCCUCUCCCCCCUCUAGUCCUUUAACCCAAACGUUGACGUGUGACCCUUCGACAUAAAUCUACACCUGGUAGUGAAAAUGCUCUCCAACCCCAGUUUUCAUAGGAUAACUAAUGCAAAUAAAUGUGCUUCAAUCUUGCAUUCACCAGCUUUUUUCCCCAUAUAUUUUUGGCCUUUUUGUUUUUUUAUCU